UCGCCUACAUUUUACUGUGGCUGAAGUUGGCGCAGCGGGUACGGAUAACCAUGAGUGCUAGCGCGUUCGUGGUGAAGCUGGGAGAAGCUUGCAAGAAAGUUCGAAUCGGUGACGAUUGUUUAGUCGAUAUUUUGAAAGUCUUUCCUGAGCUGCGACACAAGAAGUUCAAGCUGACAUAUUUCGACGACGAGGUGGACGACUUUGUGGACGUUGAAGACAUCCGUGAUGUGCCCGCCAAGUCAAAACUGGUCGUAGAGAUGCUUCCUGGCAGCCCCGAAGAUUCUGAUACCGGCCGCGCAACGGAAUCUCUCGAAGAGAUAAUGAGCGCCGCUCUGGCUCAGGAGGGAGACACGACCGAACCCGUCGCCGAGCCGAGCACCAGCCAAAUGUCUGAAGAUGUCACCGGGCGAGCAUCUGCAGUCAGCGAGACUUCAAUCGUCACAGAUGACACGGUGAUCCUGGAAGAUGAAACAAACUCGAGCGUCACCUCGGAGGUCGUCUUCGACCCCUCUACCGUCCCAUCAUCACUUCGUUCCAAGUUGCUUCAGAGCGGAUACGAGCCUAACGAUGCUGACGACAAGUCGAUCAUACAUCUGAUACACAUCAUCUACACAGCCAAGUCGUAUUUCCCGGACGCAGUCGGUUACCGGCUUCUCACUGACUCCGUCUUCCUGAGCUUCCCGAGACUGCUUGGAUCGGCAGAAACACCAGAGGAGGUGUACGUGCGCAAACAGAAGUUUAAGGCAAAACUCAAGAACCGGUUUAAAAACUGCCGGAGGAGUGUCGACAACCCAGUCAUCACUCAGGAGCGGGAGGUCCGUGGAAUCCAUAAGAGGAAGCGCCCCAUGGAAGGCAUGCCCGGCAUGUGUCCGCCUUAUAAGAGGUCGAAAUUCGAGGCCGCUCAAGAAGCGGCGAGGUACAGCCACCUGCUCCUGCACGCUGAUGAUGAAAGUGCCAAGAAGGGCGUGUUGAAAGAGUCAUUCGCUCUGAGGAGACACCUCAUGACAAGGCAGCAUGGGCGGAAGACGCCCAAGCAGAUGAAGGAGAUGUUCCCUGCCAUGUUCACUGAGAGCGCUCUGUGGAGCGACUUGGGUUUGAUAAUGGGGGAUGAGGAUGGCGACGAGCUGAAAUCCAAGGUGACUGCCAAGGCCAUGAACGUGUGCAAAGAGUACGCCGCUCGCGUCGUGGCGGGGACGGCGCAACCACCUGAAGGAGACGAACUUGUGACAAUGCUGGCGCAUGGAUGCGGCACAACUAUGUCAGAGCUGGAGGACUGCCGAAACUCGGCACGGCUCCAACCAACAACGGGACGGCUGGAGACCCAGGACACGGAAUGGGACGUAACACCAGAGUCCCGAGUCGCCGCUGUGGUGAUUAUGGCCGCGGUCCACGCAGUGCUGUACAUACCUUUCGGUGGUCCAUGUAAGACGCUGUUCGAAGUCUUGUAUAACAAGGCACUGGGGUUCUGUGUGUCCCUGGGCGCAUCCGCCAAGAAGGUGGUGAAUGCAAUGAAUGUGGGUGGUGUGACCUCCGAGUAGCGUUUCUGCAGGGAGGGGAGGCGCAUUGCCACCAUGUGUGGGUGGUGUGACCUCCGAGUAGCGUUUCUGCAGGGAGGGGAGGCGCAUUGCCACCAUGCAGCUAUGGCCCAACCUGCUUGAAGAAGUGGUAUUAGUUCAAGUUCAAGUUGUAUUCAAGUCGCAUUAGUAGUGCGAGCACGUUGAAAGUGUUCUUUGAGCCCAGAGUGACCUGAUGACAAAGCUGUGAUUUUCGACUGUGAUUUGUACUAGCUGGCGUAUGUUAGUCAUAUAGCAUAAGCUUCAUAUCAUAAUCAUAAAAUAAACGUUCCAUUUAUAUCA